GUCCGGUGGCGUUAUAAAAUAUGCACACUCUUUGGUAAUAAGUAUGGUAAAAAUUAGGUUAAAUUCACCCGCAUAGUCAUAACUUUCACGGUUUUAACAAAUAUAGUCACUUUUUGAAUAAUACACAGAUGUAGUCAUACUUUUCAAACAUCUUUGACUAAUGUAGUCAUUUCCCUUAAAACAUUUGACGGAGUUAACAUCUCCGUAAGUUAAGUGGACGUUUUGCUUAUCUGUCCGCCAAAUGGAUGACACGUCAUCACCAACCGGAUGCACUUAGCCACGUGGCUAUAUUUGUCAAAAAUCGUGAAAGUUAUUGCUAUGCAGGUGAAUUAAACCUAAAAAUUAUUUCGGGCCUUUGUAAAUUGCUAUUGUAAGAUAGAAGGUAGCAAUAACGAAAAUAAACUUCAAAUAAUAAGAACAUUUCCAUUGAUGGAGUGCAAUCCUAUCAUUCUUUUAUAGGAAUGUGGGUAAAUGGUUCAUACAUACCGGUCUCUUCCAACAAUUUGAAUCAUUAGUAUCAGUUCAUUUUGGCAUAAUAAUGAACCUUUUGAUAAUCGAUAGGAUUUACUUUUUGAAUCUCGAUCACCUUUAUAUUAACCACAUGAUAUUUGAAUAUACAAAUUUCAAAUUAUGAAUCGAUCGAGUUGCUCGUAAUUAAGGUGACCAUCUACGUUAGUACGGAAAUCGCCCAAUUCUAUACCUACUAGCAAAUGCUAAGAUUUCUCUUAGACGAUGAGGUGGGUUUGGCGGCAGUGCCCAACGGGUAAAGAGAAGAGUCGAUGAGGUAGGGUGGAUAACUGGGGGUAAGACAGAGCUGCUGUCUUGGACGAAUCAGAGGUAAGGAAGGUUCUAGUCGUGGAAGGCAGGUUAAUUAGAAGGCGUUUUGAAGCGAAGGUUUGAAGAAAGACUGAAAGAGGAAGAAGAUAUUUGAGAAAAUGAAAGAUUAAUUUGGGUAAUAGCAAAUUAGCAAUUGGGAAAACUAGGGGACAAUAGUUGUGAACCAAGUGGAUAAUAACUGCACUGAAAAUUCCAGUGGAAAAUAAAUGCAAACCUAGUGGACGGAAGCGAAGGUUAUGAAAUGGGAGAAUGAGGUAAUGGGAGGUCUGCCAAAUUUUUGAAGCUUAUAGAAGGAUAUGCGAGUGAAGGAGAGCAAACUGCAUAGAGGUUGGCUAAUUGUACUUGGAAGAGUUUGGAAGCCAUUAGUGAAUAAUAACUCACUUGUUUGACUUUUUAAUAAGUAAUUAAUAAUUAGUUAGGCGGAAUAGGCCAUGCAUGCUUUCCAAGUGGGCUUUGAUUCGUCCCACCCACUCAACCAGAAGGUUAUGGGUCGAGGAAGUCACUUUUGUGCACACAUCGAUGCCUUUUGGACAGGUUACUAAUGUGAAAGCCCGUACAUCACCGCUCUUAUUGAUUACAUGAAGAACUACGCCUUGUCUUUAAGCUUUGGACAUAUGGAUUUUGUUUUUGGUGGAUUAGAAAAGCACUCUUAUCUAAAAUCAAAUAGACUCAUUAGAUUCUAAUCCAAAUGAGUGGAUCCAAUUAAAUCCAGUCCAAAUCUAAAAGCAUCGAAAAUGUAUAUGAAUCCAUAUGGAAUCUAUCCAUUAUCUAUAUGGAUAAUGUAAUUAGCCAACCCAUGGUCUUUCCUACUAACAAACGUCGGUGCAUAUCCUUGUUAUCACGUAGGCUAUAAAUUAAGGCACACCAUCUAGAACUAGAGACCAUAUAUUCAAGACGAAAAAUGGAGCUUUUAACAUACAAAGACACAUUUGCUGCUCUUCUAGCGGCCUUAGCCGGCUUCCUAGUAGUCCAUUGGCAACGCGCCCGCAUGAGGCCUGCAUCGGUGCCGCCCCUCGGCACGAACUGGCCGGUGAUCGGGAUGCUGCCGACGCUCAUCUGCCAAAUGGUGAACUUCCACGACUACCUGGCCGAGCGACUAAUCAAACACGGCGGCACGGUGGAGAUGCAAGGGUUGUGGUUCUCCGACAUGGACAGCAUCAUCACUAGCGACCCGGCCAACAUCCGACACAUAAUGAGCUGCAACUUCAGGAACUAUCCCAAGGGUCCCAUCAUGAAGGAGAUCUUCUAGCCGCUCGGCCCCAAUGGGAUCUUCGCCGUGGACGGCGAGUCGUGGGUUUUCCAGAGGAAGACGCUCCAGCUACUCAUGAAAAACAAAAGGUGACACAUCUAACUACUAUCAGUUGGUAUGAAUAAUUUGAGUUGUUGGAACAAGUUCAAUUAUGUAUCUUAUAUCAUUUACUAACACGUCACUGAAAUGAAAACCAAUCAUAUGUGUUUGAAUUUUGCACAAACAUUAGAACAUUAUGUGCAUAUAUAACAAAUGGUUGGUGUCACCGAAAGAAGAUUUUUCUAUCACAUAAGUCUCUCUGAUAUCAUGUUAAGAAACAAUUGAUCCCAAUAACUCGAGUUAUUACGA